CGGGUCCUGGUUAGAGUCACUUGGCACGGGGCAUGACACGUCCAUGCCUGCAAGACGAACUCAACAACACUUCAUGACACAAGUGGCAUUGACGACAGUCGAGCAGUAAGGCAAGCUCAAAUUUAUCCCCUAUAACAGACCAAAAACAGAUAUCUGGAGCAUCACACAAUCCUUUUAUACAGUUCGCUUUCUUUAGUUGAGGUUUCCGAACAAAGAAAAAGACGCGGCUUUUUCGAGGCCACUACCAAAAAUAUGAUGCGCAUCAUGACUGACUCGUCCUUUGUCAAGUACUAGUCACGCAACGUGUAACGCUCUCUAGUCACGCAACGUGUAACGCUCUCUAGUCACGCAACGUGUAACGCUUAUUAGACUUUAACAAUAACGCCUAGUGGUCAAGCAUCGUGUAACACUUAUUAGUCAAGCUACGUGUAACACUUAGAAGUCACGCAACGUGUAACGCUCUGUAGUCACGCAACAUAUGACCCUUAGUAGUCACACAACGUGUGACGCCGCAUAGUAAAGUAACGCGCAACGCUCAGUAGUAAAACAACGUGUAUUGCCUAGUAGUCACACAAAUUUAACGCUUAGUAGUCAACGCCUAGUAGUCACGCAAUGUGUAACGCCUACUGCUUACGCAACGUGUAACGCUCAGAAGUAGCUUACACCUAGAUUAAUAUUAAUAGCGAUUUGCAACAAAAAAUCUCUCGCAUUGUCUUACGCCAGGAUAAUUGCUAACUAACACGUGACUGGUCCGUAACAAAUCCAUGAGCGUCAUGCGUGCUUUACUAUUGGUUUACGUCAUCAUGACAAGUACGAUGCCCUGCCAAGGACAAAGCAGAAAAAAGAUGGCUGUUUUAAAAGUUCUUCGUGGAAGGGAGGCUUACGACAAGCUUGUGUCAAGCAUACAGAAAGGUGCAAAACUUGGAUUACAAGAAUGUAGAUCGCAGUUCCGAAAUGAAAAAUGGAACUGCACAAUGGUCGUCAAGACGAAAAAUAAAAGUACUUCAAAGCAAAAUCCAGCCUAUGUGAUGUCCAUGGUUCCGCACGCAACCCGUGAGAUGGCGUUUGCGCAUGGCAUAAGCGCGGCUGGCGUGACGUUUGCGCUGACCAUGGAUUGCCGACUGGGCGCGUUCGAAGACUGCUCAUGUAUUCACGGGAAGAGUGAAGGGAACAAAGGGAAUUGGUGGGGAGGAUGCAAUGAGAACGUCAAGUUCGGAGAAGUCAUGGCUAGGCAUUUCUUAGAAGCCUUACAAAGUGGCAAAGACGAGCACUCACUUCUUAACGUGCACAACAACGAGGUCGGGAGAAAGGCGGUCAGGGCGACCUUGAAGCGGGAGUGUCGUUGCCAUGGUAUCAGCGGGAGUUGUUCGACAAGAACAUGCUGGCGUAAGCUGUCGUCAUUCGCCGAGGUCGGUCAAUACUUGGUGGAAAAAUACAGCACAGCGAAGCGGGUCAUCUUCCAAAAUGGCAAUUUUUACGAGCUGACGAUGCUUGGUACCAGGCCCAUUUCCAAAAAAGACAACAACUUCAUCUACAACGAGUCCUCCCCAGACUACUGUCAGCGAAACAUGACCGUGGGCUCGGCAGGGGUACUGGGUCGAGAGUGCGAGGGGAGUAAGGAUGAGUUGGUGCGGUGCCGGCAAUUGUGUGACUCGUGUAGGUUUGACACGCAGGAAUUCACGGAAAUAAAAAACACGUUUUGUAACUGCAAGUUUCACUGGUGCUGCAAGGUGAAGUGCAUGACUUGUAAAGAGACGACCAGGAAAACGCGAUGCGUAGCCAGGCAACAAGCCUUAUGAAGCGGCCUGGUUCUCUAGCGGAUCUACGAAGGUAUUAGGGGGUUCGAACCCCCCUUGUACUGGCCCUUGCCAAAAAGCUAGAUCCGCCCCUGCUGUUCAAGUAUCAAAGCUGUCAAAAUGAAAUGAACCUGUAGGAAAUAAAA